AUGUUUGAGAAAACCGUCUUGGACUUCUCUCCUGCCGUCUGCAAGUCGAAGGGGACUCCGCGGUGUUUUUUUUUUAUUUCAGACGCGGGAAGUGUCACAUGGUAUGAGCCUCCUCCAAUCGAGACAACAUCAGAUCACAGCAUAGAGCUGACCGCGGACAGUAGACAACUUCUUGAAGGAUCUACUCAUGUACAACUGAGCUGGAACUUCAGUCUGACGCCAGACUUAAGUCCGAGUUCGGUAAUUCUUAGACUUAACAGUGUACAAGUUGCCGUUGUCGUGCUAUUAUCAGGAGUAGCUGGAAUAACAUCAGGUUUUGAGCGAAGGUUCAAUUUCACAUGGAUUUCCCAGAGAGCCACUUUGAUUAUUUUCAAUGUGACUGAAGAGGAUGAUGGAGAAUUUACCUGUCACCUGAGUACUUUCCAAGGAGUAGACCAGAAAUUGUGGAAACGCAAGAUGAAAGUGGAAGUUAUAGCAUUCUUUUCAGUUGAAACCAGUUUUACCAGCAGUCCCAGCAGUCCCAGUGGUGACCAGACUGUCAAUGAAGGUUCAAAUCUGACUUUGUUUUGUGACGCAAGUGGUAAACCAACUCCAAAUGUGAGUUGGAGUAGAGUAUUAAAGAACGGUACAGAUGGUGAUGUAGUGUUCUUUGGAAACCCUUGGGUCAUUCUAAACAUCAGCAGAACUGGCACUGGAACAUACCGCU